AUGUCCUUUGAUAAGUCUGUGUUGGUUCCAUGUCCGAUACUUCAACCAAGUAUCGUAGAAUUUGAAAAUCCCAUGUCCUACCUUUCAAGACCGGACAUCGCUAAACUAGGUGCAGAAUAUGGAAUAGUGAAGUUGGUACCUCCACAAGGCUGGAAACCACCCUUCCUGCUCUCUCCAACAUUUAAGUUUCAUACCAGGUUGCAGAAAUUAAGUGAUCUAGGUUUAACAACUAGAAGUAGGGCUUUUUUUAAGAACAAUAUUAAUAGGUUCUUGAAGAUGAGGAAUAAGCGGCCCUUGAGGCUAUACUUUCUGGUAAAAGAUCAAGUAGAACAUGAUCAGCUGAACCAAGAACAGGCUGCUGACUCCAAUAAGAAAAGAUGUAGUAUUAAAGUCUAUUACUAUGAUCUUUAUGUUGCUAUUGAUAAAUUAGGAGGCUCCAGUAAGAUGUCCGAAGAUGACUGGGCUGGUAUCAAUGUGCAAUUUGGUGUACCUCGUAGCAGUAGGCAAGUAGAAGAAGAGUACAAUGCCAAUAUCAAGGCAUAUGCGCUAUUUUUGGCAAAUAAUAACAUAAAGAAGUAUAACUUCAACAGUGAAGUGCCAAAUGAAAAUGCUGUCGAAUCCAAAAUGGGUAUGAAAAGAAGAAAAAGGCUGAAGAAGCACCAAGAACAAACUGUUCCAAAUGGUCACCUCGAUAUUAACAGAGAAGACGUAGACGCUGAAAUUGAAGACAGUGAAGAAGAGAAGUCAGAUAACUGCUUAAUAUGUAGCAAAAAUGAUAAUCCUUCUGAAACUUUAUUAUGUGACAAUUGUGACAAGCCUUAUCAUAUGAGUUGUCUCGAACCUAAAUUGAACGUAGUGCCAUCUGGUAGCUGGUUCUGUGAUAAGUGUUUGAUUGGUACUGGAGAAUAUGGGUUUAAGGAAGACGUAGAUUUAAAAUACACAUUGCCAGAAUUCUACGAAAUGUGCCAGGAUUUUGAUAAGGAAUUUCAAGAAGAGUACAAUAAUGGCCAGCCUUUAACAGUUGAUAUCAUCGAGCAGAAAUUUUGGGAGUUUGUGGGCCAAGAAAAGUCAGAUAUGGAAGUUAAAUAUGGAGCUGAUAUUCACAAUUUAACUCCUGGUGAAAUAAGUGGAUUUCCCAUGUCGAAUACUCCUGGGCUCCCUCUACAUGAAUUAAUAUACCAACUAUACGUCAACCACCCCUUCAAUUUAACAAAAUUACCUUUCUCUCAGGGUUCACUUAUGAAAUUUAUAAAUACAUCUAUUUCAGGUAUGACUAUACCUUGGAUUUAUAUUGGUUCACUUUUGUCAACAUUUUGUUGGCAUGUCGAGGAUCACUAUACGUUGUCGAUAAACUACUGUCACUUUGGAGCUACCAAAAAGUGGUACGGGAUUCCAAGUUCACAAGCAGGUCAAUUCGAAAAGUUGAUGAAAGAUUCUGCACCGGACUUGUUUCAGAGACAACCAGACUUGUUGCAUCAAUUGGUUACAUUAUUAUCGCCAACCACACUAGUUGAAAAUGGAAUACGAUGUGUUUACGCUGAUCAGCAACCUAAUGAGUUUAUUAUUACAUAUCCAAAAGUGUAUCAUUCUGGGUUCAAUUGUGGAUUCAAUUUUAACGAAGCAGUUAAUUUCACAAUUGAGCCAUGGUUAGAAUUUGGUGAACAAGCAAUUCUGGAUUAUAAAGAAAUCAAAAAGGAGAAUGUAUUUAAUCACUAUCAAUUGCUCGAAAAUAUUCUCAGAAAGUUCUUGAACGAAGCAAGGGAAUCCCAAUUUGAAAGUAAAAAUAGUAAUAAGUUGAGAAAGGAAUUUGUUGUUAAAUGCUUGAACUCAUUUGAGAGGUUUUACGUAAACCAAUUGAAUGCUAUUUGGGAUUUAAAUCAAAAGAAAUACCAAAUCCAGUAUAAGCUUAGAGAUUUCAAGAAGAGAGAUUUCGUUGAAGAGCAAAAUGGCUUAUUUAAGGACGAAAAUGAUGAGAAGAAUGAACCUGAGCAACUAUGUGACGGCUGUAAGACACAUUUGGCAUAUCAAUACUUUAGUGUUCCUAAUAAGGAUCAGCAAUUUACCAUAAAGAAGCACAAGCUAGAAGAAGAUGAAGAAAAGGAAAAGGAGAAAGAUAAAGAGAAUAAUAGUUAUUUGCCUACUCCAAGGUCUUCACCUCAAGAGAGAGCUACUAUUAAGGAACAAUCUGAAGAGAUCGACCAAAUCAAGGAUUCAAUAUCAUCUCGUAGAAUGACCUUGAUAACUGGUGACAAUGAAAGUGAGAGUGUUGGCGAACAGACUAAAUUGAGUGAAGAAGAGGAAUUCAAGAGAUUGAUAAGCUCGGCUAAGAAGUCAUCUUCUUCAAAAGAAGGUUCACCCGAAGAGGAUCAGGAAGCUGCUGCUACUGCUGCGGCCUCCAACCAAAAGAAGAGACGUAGAUCCACCAGAAUCCAGAAGCAAGAGCAGACGGAAAUAAUGUCUAUAGGAAGUUCCAAGAAGGUUUUGCAAAUGGUUCACGAGAAAUUGCAGCUUCAACUAUGUGCUGAUUGCAUUGGAGUGUACAAUAAGGAUUUGCCUAUUGGAACUGUGUUAAUCUAUGAGCACAACCCUGAGGAGAUCCAGAAGUUGAUUCAUACUGUCAAGCGAGAGAUAACGAAAAUGUGA